GACGCGAGCAGCUGAGCGCCGCCACCAUGCAGGCAGUGGCGGCCGCGUCCUUCUGGCUGCUCUGCGUCUUAGGGACCUGCCCCCUGGCGCGCUGCGGUCCGGCAGGAGACGCCUCACUGAGGGAGCUGGAGAGGAGGGACGAAAACCGCUUCCUGGAGCGCCAGAGCAUCGUGCCACUGCGCCUCAUCUACCGCUUGGGCGGCGAGGACGAAACUUGGCACGACCGGCUCAACACGCGGGUGCGGGGCCACCCUAGCGGCCAGCAGUUGACUCAUGUGGACAAGGCGAGCUUCCAGGUGGAUGCCUUUGGAACAUCGUUCAUUCUUGAUGUCCGGCUAAACCAUGAGUUGCUGUCCUCUGGUUAUGUAGAGAGACACAUUGAACGUGGAGGCAAGGUCGUGGAAAACAAAGGAGGAGAACACUGUUACUAUCAGGGCCAGAUCCGAGGGAACCCUGGCUCGUUUGUUGCCCUGUCAACUUGCCACGGACUCCAUGGGAUGUUCUUUGAUGGGAACCACACCUAUCUCAUCGAACCGGAAGAAAAUGAGACCUCCCACGAAGAGUCUCAUUUUCACUCGGUUUACAAAUCCAGACUGUUUGAAUUUCCUUUGGAUGACCUCCCAACUGAAUUUCAACAAGUAAAUAUUACUCCACCAAAAUUUAUUUUGAAGCCAAGACUAAAGCGGAGUAAGCGACAGCUUCUUCGAUUUCCCCGUAAUGUAGAGGAGGAAACCAAAUACAUUGAACUGAUGAUCGUGAAUGAUCAUAUCAUGUUCAAAAAGCAUCGGCUUUCUGUUGUACACACAAAUACCUACGCCAAGUCUGUGGUGAACAUGGCGGAUAUGAUCUAUAAAGACCAACUUAAGACUCGGAUAGUAUUGGUUGCCAUGGAAACCUGGGCUGCCGACAACAAGUUUGCCAUAUCUGAGAACCCGCUGGUCACCCUGCGCGAGUUUAUGAAGUACAGGAGGGAUUUUAUCAAAGAGAAGAGCGACGCAGUUCAUCUUUUCUCGGGAAGUCAAUUUGAGAGUAGCCGGAGCGGUGCAGCUUAUAUUGGUGGGAUUUGCUCGCUGCUGAGAGGAGGAGGCGUGAAUGAAUUUGGAAAAACUGACUUGAUGGCGGUCACACUCGCUCAGUCGUUAGCACACAAUAUUGGUAUCAUCUCAGACAAGAGAAAAUUAGCAAGUGGUGAGUGUAAAUGUGAGGACACAUGGUCUGGAUGUGUAAUGGGAGACACCGGCUACUACCUCCCUAAGAAGUUUACUCAGUGCAGCAUUGAGGAGUACCAUGACUUCCUGAAUAGUGGUGGUGGCGCCUGCCUCUUCAACAAACCUUCUAAGCUUCUUGAGCCUCCUGAGUGUGGAAAUGGCUUCAUUGAAACCGGGGAGGAGUGUGACUGUGGCACUGCUGCGGAAUGCGCCCUUGAAGGGGCAGAGUGCUGUAAGAAGUGUACCUUGACCCAGGAUUCUCAAUGCAGUGAUGGUCUCUGCUGUAAAAAGUGCAAGUUUCAGCCUUUGGGGACUGUGUGCCGAGAAGCAGUCAAUGAUUGUGAUAUUCGUGAAAUAUGUUCAGGAAAUUCUAGCCAGUGUGCCCCCAAUGUACAUAAAAUGGAUGGAUACUCCUGUGACGGUACUCAGGGAAUUUGCUUUGGAGGAAGGUGUAAAACCAGAGAUAGACAAUGCAAAUACAUCUGGGGGCACAAGGUGACGGCAUCAGACAAGUAUUGCUAUGAAAAGCUGAACAUCGAGGGGACGGAGAAGGGAAACUGUGGAAAAGACAAAGACACCUGGAUACAGUGCAACAAACGGGAUGUACUUUGUGGUUACCUUUUAUGCACCAAUAUUGGCAAUAUCCCCAGGCUUGGAGAACUCGAUGGUGAAAUCACAUCUACAUUAGUUGUGCAGCAAGGAAGAACAUUAAACUGCAGUGGCGGGCACGUGAAGCUUGAAGAAGAUGUUGACCUUGGCUACGUGGAGGACGGGACGCCAUGCGGCCCUCAGAUGAUGUGCCUGGAGCACAGGUGCCUUUCUGUGGCCUCGUUCAACUUCAGCACCUGCUUGAGCAGUAAAGCAGGCACCGUUUGCUCGGGGAAUGGGGUCUGCAGCAAUGAGCUCAAGUGUGUGUGCAACAGGCACUGGACAGGUGCCGACUGCAGCACCCACUUUCCUCACAAUGAUGACGCAAAGACUGGCAUCACCCUGUCUGGCAACGGUGUUGCUGGCACUAAUAUCAUAAUAGGAAUAAUUGCUGGCACCAUUUUAGUGCUGGCCCUCAUAUUAGGAAUAACUGCCUGGGGUUAUAAAAACUAUCGAGAACAGAGACAGUUACCCCAGGGAGAUUAUGUAAAAAAGCCCGGAGAUGGUGACUCUUUUUAUAGCGACAUUCCUCCCGGAGUCAGCACAAACUCAGCAUCUAGUUCUAAGAAGAGGUCUGCCUUUCUGUCGCAUUUUCAGAUUUCCACCUGUUCCAUCACACAUUAUUCCAUUAGUCAGAACAUUUCAUUAUUUUGCAGCAGGUCAAACGGGCUCUCUCACUCCUGGAGUGAAAGGAUUCCAGACACAAAACAUAUUUCAGACAUCUGUGAAAAUGGCAGACCUCGAAGUAACUCCUGGCAAGGUAACCUGGGAGGCAACAAAAAGAAAAUCAGAGGCAAAAGAUUUAGACCUCGAUCUAAUUCAACUGAGAGGGAGCCCCAAGCUCCUGAGCCUGGGCACUCCCUCGCCCAGACAUUCCCAUCCCAAGGCAUAAGCCCAGGGGGCUCUGCCAGCCCCCAGACAGGGAGUCUGGAUCACAGGACCCUGUCUCCUGCCAAGUCUCCUUCUUCAUCCACUGGGUCUAUUGCCUCCAGCAGAAAAUACCCAUACCCGAUGCCUCCGCUUCCUGAUGAGGAGAAGACACUGAACCGACAGAGUGCCCGGCUAUGGGAGACAUCCAUUUAAGAACAACUGUUUACAUGUGUCACAUCGAAACUGUUUACUUCAACUUUUAUAGGAACCCAGCCACCCAGAAUCACUGCAAUCUCUCUGCUCUUCAGACGCUUUGAAGGCCCUCUGAGAUGCCAGAGGAGAGGACGCCACGGCUCAUACCUGGAUGCCAUUUUCUUUUUGUCAUCGGCUUAAGGUUUAGCCAAACAGUAAAGAACUCCUGAAAUGUUACACUAUGACACGGAACCAUUUAUGGUCUGGUAUUGGUAUGUUAAUGGAUAAUCUGCAUGACAGAUAUAUGUAGAAUAUCAAUAAAAUUAACUCACAUGACCCAAAUGUUGCAGGUUUUCCUGAGGGACAGAAGUGGAUUCAGAACUGGGCAUUCUGAAACACAUCCUCAUUGCAAGCAGUAAUGCCGUAUGCAUGAAGCUUCUGUUUAUUGUUUUCCAUAGACAAGGAAACAACAUCCCAUAAUAGAACUAGCAUGCAGGGCUGAGGCAUAUAGGACUAUUUUGCAGGUUGCAGGACUGUAACGCUUUGAGAGGCCAAUACCCAUAUGCUAACCUUAAACAUGUAUUUUUAUUUUUUUUUACUUUUCAUAUUUAUACUAGCAUACAAGGACAACUGUACAUAUGUAAACAUUUUUAAAUUUAAAAAGUAACUGUUACAUAUAAGUGUAUUUUGCCAAAUGCCUAAAAACAGUCAGUCACGACUCUAUCAUUGUCCUUCAUCCUGCGGUCUUCAGAGUGUCAGUGGAUGGUGUUGUGAAUAUAGUGGUCAAUGCUGUAAAAGUAUCUUUCCAUAACUGGCAUUCAUCUAAAGCGUGUGACUUCCCUUUGAAGUGCGUACAGUCUGGAGGAGGUUUUGUUGAGUAAGUGAUCAAAAUGCUCAGACAAACGUCUGGCCUUUGCAUCUCGCUGAAGGUGGAGUCCAGAUGUGUGGUGGCCGUGCAGCCUCAAGACACGCUGGAGCUGGCAGGUUCUCUCGGAAUCUGCCAGCUUGUCUAUUCCGUGUCUAAGAAGCAUGGUUCCUGUCACAAUAGCCGUCUUGCUCAUUACCAGGGCACAUCAGCUAAUCGUACCUGGAGGCCAUGGAGUGCCCUCCCCUCCAGAAGAUUCUUGCUGAGAUGGAUUGGAUGCAUGAAAGACACAGACCACUGAGUGGCUAGCUCCCAUCUGGCCAAUACCUGAGCCCUUUCUGGCCUGAAGUUUGGGUUUCUUAACAAAAUCCUUUCAGCCAUUAUUACCUGUGAAAGGAGUGAUCUGUUUUCCCAACUUUAAUGCAUUUAUCAUCACUGGGCUGUAAGUCCCAGCAGGCCAUUCUGGCUGACUUUGAAGAAGAUGGUGUACAGAAGAUUCAACAAGGCAUAUAAGUUUAAAUAAAGUGUAAGGCUAUGUAGAUGCAGUAGCUGCAAAGGUAACCAUCAGCCUGCAGGGAAAAUAGCCACCAGGGGUUCUGAGCCCUAUACAUUUUGAUCCUUAAAAAAAAAUGAGUAUUCUAUGUGAAAUCUUGUCAUUUAAAAUUAAAAGUUAAUAGCUUUUCUAAUGCAAUUUUGCCACUCAAAAAUUGAUAGCUCCGUCACAUGCUCUGCUGUGAAAUAUACUUCUGCCCCCCCCCCCACCGUAUUCUUACGGUUUUAUAUGAGGAAUGGGGUUAUCAGACCAGACCUCAGAAGUGUGCUCUACAUUUGAUUUCUUCCACAAGUGUCCAGGGACACAAUUUGUCUCUCCUCUGUGUAGGAUAUUCUUAGAUGCCCAAACUGAAGGGCCAGAUUAGAAGGCAGUGGUAUACUCAGUUCAUGUCUUUUGUAAUGGUCCAUUCUUCAGAAACACUUUGAAGAUGUUAGAAAACCAAUUUAAUCAGACAAAAAUUAUACAGAGUUUAUCACGACAGGAAAGGAUGGAGUUUGCUGAUGGCUCACUAAGACAGCUUCAGACAAAGGCGUGGAUGCGUUGAGCAAUGUCUCCUCUGAGCCUAUGGCCAGGACAGAAGGGCAUACAGAUGACCGAUGGAACGAUGUUGCAAAUGAAGAGACUUUUGAAUGAGAUUGCUUCACGUGUGCACUGAGUGUUUUCUGGCAUUGCGCAUAUAGAAGGCUAGUGUAAUAUAAGGUUUAUUUUGGCUACAAGAGAAGAGUUUAUACCUUUGAAUGAAGAUGACUCGUGUAAAUAUGCUUUGUAUUAGAGUUAGUUACAUAAAUCCUGGCUUGGGAAUUCACAAGUGGCUAGCUAGUGGGCUGGUUAUAUCUGUCUCCCCACCUCUCUUUCCUCAUAAAUUAUUUUUUUUCCUAAACUUACUAUUGAAAAUUACAAUCAUUAUCACGUGCCUUUUGGGAAAGACGGCUGCUUUCGUUUGUAAUCCUCAUAUGUAAUGGGAUGAAAAGGAUUUUCUUGACUUGCAGAGUGAUUUUAGAAAUAUAAGAGCUUUAAUGCUUUCGUCAAGAUAUCUAUCUCCAUGUUUAAGCAUUCUUAGAAUUGUUUCUGGAAUUAACACACUUUAGUGUUGACGAUUGGCUUCGAGAAGUAUGUAUUCGUGCACUCGCCAAUAUUGGUGUUGUAGAUCAUUCCAUCCGACUAUGUAUGACUUCAUUCACUGAGGUAGACCGAGUAGACUCAUGGAGCCAAGGACAAGCACAAUGAUUGUUUCUUUUUUAAAUGUCUAUUUUGAAGGGGAACUUUGAAGCUCAGUAGUGGUUUGAGUCACACAGCUAACAUCCACACUUCCCAGUGUGCCGUGGGGUCAUUACUCCAUGGAUACGGGCAGCAAUGUGUUCAUUGGCUGCCGCUUCUCUUUCUAAUACUCUUGGCAUCAGUAGGACUACAGAUAGCCCAAAGGCCUGGGAUGUUCUUGUCUGUUCUCAUAAAGGAAUGUUUAAGCCUUCCCACUGUGUGCCCAGGGAAGGCCUGCAGUAACAGAGAAUCCUUAAGGAACAGACUGGGCAGACCAACUCUUCCCAGCUACUUUCCUUAGAUGGGAAACCCUCCUCCAGCAUCAGCCAGAUAGAAAAUGACCGCAGUUAUGCGCAGUCUGCACAAAGGGGGAGAUGGGCGCUCCUUGGGUGGGCAGCACACGAUUCUCAGUGUUGUGCAGUGGCUGAACCAUACAUCCCAGCCCCUCACUUAGAUGCUAAAUGAGGAAUAACACAUCUUUAGGUUCCCUAACAGAAGCAUUGCCUGGGGUUGAGAUGCCUUCCGAGUGCUGUAACCUGGGUGCUGUAUUCAUUACAGUUUCUUUUCUUCGCAUUUCACAAGGCUUUUAAAAUACUGUUUGCACAGAAUGUCAGCCCCACAUAGAAUUUACGUAUGAAAGAUUGAUGGUGUGUCUCAAAGCAGUCACAGUCAUGAGAAAAUUAAAUAUUCUCUGCCUUCCCAGGGCAUGGGUGGGGUGGGAGGCUGCUGUGUGUUCCAGGACAGAUUCACAUGGCUUCUUCUGCUGUCCUUACAUAUCUGCAUGAUUUCUUCCUGCCCGUUCCCCUCUGCCUCUGUAGUUACUUUACCUGCUGUCCUUUGCUAUAUUUUCAUGGUUACCUUUGAGCCAGGGAAAGUAUGCUGUUUCUCCUCUCUUCUUCCAGGAUGUCAGCCAGGUUGGUCUGUUUAUUCAUUUCACCCUGCCAUUUCCUAUGGUCAUAUAGUUCUAUCUUAACCUUAAAUUUAGACAGUCCUUUAGAUAUGCCCUUGUUUUUCAAUAUAAUAAUUGCCUAUUUAAAGGUAAGAUUAUUUUUAUCUUACUUAAAUGUAAAGGGAAAGAAGGCUGUUUGGCAGUUGCUGUCUGCAGGGAGAGGAGAACAAAGAUCAGAACUGAUGGGAAUAAGGAGGAGGCAGGACUCCUGAGCCCUGUCUGCACAGCCAGACGGCACCACUGUCCCCUGCACCCCCACCUCCUCCCCCGACAAUAUAUAGUCAAGAUGAAUUUUCCAUUCUUCUUCUAUUAGCUUUGUAUAAGAAGCUGCCGCUUCUGUGGAAGAGGGCUUCAUUUGGGGUUCAAGUACUCAUUUUCCUCCUGUAGGGUGGUCAAGACUUUUCUGACUUCAGAUGCAGGGUCUCUUCUCUGGGCACCAGAGAGCUAGGGCCGGGGUGAACAACUUCUCCUUCGCUGUAUUGUAAAGAAUUCAAUCGAUAGUUGUGAAAAUUGGCUGAGGCAGCAGCCCAUCUGUCUGUGUAAGCAGCAUGCUGUUACAAUGUCCCUGCCGGUCGCCGUUGGCGUCUGCUGACAGCAUACACUCUGUGGGGCAGGCAGAGUUUUCCUACCACCCCUGCAGGUGCAGAACAAAACUGCCCCAGACUUGGAAAGCAGAAGGUAACAUUUCCAUUCCCAUUUCAGUCAUAGUUAGGUCAGUCCUCCACAUGUAAGUAGAAAAUCAAAACUUAAGACGCCAGUGGUCGUUGUAUUUCUGCCCUUCAUAGCCAUGGCCUUUGAAAACAGUAUCAUUACUAUGGGUUUUGAUGGCUGCUUCUAGAUCCUUCCUUCUUCUGUAGUUCCCCAUUCAGUAGCUGUGCAGGACUCUUCCUCUCGAUAAGAAACGUCCCCUAGCAUGCAGGCGAAAGUUGGGAGAAGCACAGGCAUGCAGAGGAGGGGAGGUUGGCUUCCGUUUCCUUUCCACAUGCUGCUUUGAUUGUGCACCUUGGAAAGUCACUACGAAAUGGGUCUCAGGGUAUAGAUCUCAGGAAGGGAAUAAGCAACAGGGAGUUUGGGGAGAUGCUGGGUCCAUUAGCCCCAGCGCUGGACCACAGUGCAUCCGCUGAAGCAGGCACAAGAGCUCAAGAUGGCCACCAGCCAUGCUGGCCGUGCUUUGCGGCCUUCUGGAGCAUUAGUUCUCUAUGUAGUCUACUAUCCAGUACAGUGUCCCUGAUGCAUUGUUCAUUGACCUGCAGCACACUGGGAGGGGCUUUGGAAGUGGUAGGGGUGUCGAUCACAGGCAGUCUUGAAAUCAAAUCCAAACAAAAUGUAUUUUAUUCUGUUUGAUUUUACAAAAAGGCAUACAGUGAGAUGAAGCACUCUUAUUAAGUUAACGCACACAAGGCCCUCAGGUCUGUAUUGUGAGCAAAGGUUAGUCUCCCCCAAAUGUAUGCAGAUAGUUGUGCGUGUAUUCUGCAUUCAAUUUACACCAUUUUGGGACAUGAUUUGUUCUGAUGGUUGCGCUUUAAAAUAAUGAAAAUAGCCCAAUCUUUAAAUAUAGCGGUGCUACGUUUUAUCAGAUAACACAAUACAGAAAGUGCUGAAAUGAAUCCAGACACUUAGGAGGCACACAAGCUCCUGUUAAAUUAUAUACACUUGUAUCACUGCCUGACACGAAACCCCUUCUCCUUUUUAAUCCAGCACAAUGUCAAACUGUGAUUCUGGAGCUCCUCUUUUUAAUGGGUACAAAUAACCCAUCACUUUUUUUUUUAAAUGGAAAAAAUUUUUUUUUAAAAAAAACACUAACUGUGAAGUGCUCAGCAAAAGGUUCCUUCAGGAUUCAGAGCAUUUUUUUUUUAACUUGUUGGAAGACUUGCCCCUCCAAACUCGCAUUUCCAAUGACAAUCGCCAGAAACGGCUCAUUUCACCUAAUCAAAGCAGUCCAUGCUAGUGGACAUUAGGUCUCUGCCCAGUGCUUCCCCCACCAUAGCCUCCAAGACAAUAGACGCCACCCCAUGGGGUGCGCGAACAGCAUCAGUGUGGUUCACUUCAUGGAAGCAGGUACUCAAGUGUGUAUACUUAGAUUCACAUCAUUUAAGCCUCCUCUCUGCUACUCGGCACGCCCUUCAAGUUCUUACGCUAUUUGAAAAUUCCUGGGUUUUGGCAAACACCAACAGAAAUGGAAAUGGUGCUUGCCGUCCUGAGCAAGCGUGGUUUGUUUUAUGGCCGUUCAAGUUAAAAAGUUGUUCUCGUAUUGUAGGUAAAUAAAUCUUGCUGUUUUUAAAAGGUCACUGUAUCUCGAGAUUUAACUUCCUGGCACAAUUUUAUCAGUGUUCACUUCUGAAGCUGAUAAGAUAUCAGAGUUUUCUAUGUUAUUCUCAUUGUGACAUCAAUAAAGUGACUUUCAAUAAAAGCUUUAUGUUAUUUUGAA